UUUGUGGGCGGGUCGACACCGCCGGGCGGGGCUUAGCGAGCACAUGACGAAGAAGCGUUGAAAAGUGGAAGAUUUGAGUUAGUUUGUGACAAUUCUCUCCCUGCUCGCUCCUCUAAUCUUCUACUUUACCUCUCCAAGUCGACAUUGUUGCUGCCAACAUGGCCUCUGCAGAACUCGCUCUGCUCAGCGUGUCAGACAAAAGUGGGCUGCUGGAGUUUGCCCGAAAGCUGCUGGGCGUUGGUUUGAGUCUCGUAGCUUCAGGAGGGACCGCCAAAGUUCUGCGUGAUGCUGGACUGGCUGUCAGAGACGUGUCGGAGCUGACCGGACACCCAGAGAUGCUGGGGGGCCGCGUGAAGACGCUCCAUCCCGCCGUCCAUGGAGGCAUCCUGGCCAGGAAGACCUCCGGUGACACCGCAGACAUGAGCAAGCUGGGCUACAACCUGGUCAGGGUGGUCGUGUGCAACCUCUACCCUUUUGUCAAGACCGUCUCCAACCCAGAUGUGCAAGUGGAAGAUGCCGUGGAGCAGAUUGACAUCGGUGGUGUAACUUUGCUGAGGGCUGCAGCUAAGAAUCACGCACGUGUCACGGUGGUGUGUGACCCCGCUGAUUAUUCCCUGGUCACCAAGGAGAUGGAGUCCUCAGGAGACCAGGAUACCAGCCUGGACACACGCAGGACUCUGGCUCUCAAAGCUUUCACCCACACAGCCCAGUACGACCAGGCCAUAGCGCACUACUUCCGUGGUCAGUACGGCCGAGGCCUUGUACAGCUGCCCCUGCGCUACGGCAUGAACCCUCACCAAGCACCAGCCCAGAUCUACACUCUGGGCUCCGGACUCCCUCUUACAGUGGUCAACGGGUCUCCUGGUUUCAUCAACCUUUGUGACGCCCUGAACGGCUGGCAGUUGGUCAGAGAGCUGAAGAGCGCCCUCAACAUGGCCGCCGCCGCUUCCUUCAAGCACGUCAGCCCUGCUGGAGCUGCAGUGGGAGUUCCUCUGACCGAGGAGCAGGCCAAGGUGUGCAUGGUGCACGACAUGCUGGCAGACCUCAGCCCGCUGGCCACCGCCUACGCCCGAGCAAGAGGUUCCGACAGGAUGUCGUCUUUCGGCGACUUCAUCGCUUUGUCCGACGUGUGCGACGUUCCCACCGCCAAGAUCAUAUCAAGAGAGGUGUCUGACGGCAUCAUCGCACCUGCCUACGACCAGGAGGCCCUCGCAAUUCUGUCCAAAAAGAAAAAUGGAAACUACUGCGUGCUUCAGAUGGACCCUAAAUACGAGCCUGACGACACAGAAGUGCGAGUCUUGUUUGGCCUUUACCUCCAACAGAAGAGGAACAAUGGUCUCAUCAAUAAAGACUUCUUCACUAAUGUUGUCUCCAAGGGCUCCCAGCUGUCUGAGGCCGCCCUGCGAGAUCUGACUGUGGCCACCAUUGCUGUCAAAUACGCUCAGUCCAACUCCGUCUGCUACGCCAAAGACGGACAGGUGAUCGGGAUGGGAGCAGGCCAGCAGUCCCGUAUCCACUGCACCCGCCUGGCAGGUGACAAAGCAGACAACUGGUGGCUCAGACAUCAUCCUGGCGUGCUCGCCAUGAACUUCCGUAGCGGCGUCAAGCGAGCGGAGAUGGCAAACGCCAUCGAUCAGUUUGUCAGCGACACCAUUGGCCAGGGCCCAGACUUGGAGGCGUGGAGGUCAAAGUUCCAGCAAGUUCCUGACUUUCUGUCUGAGAGUGAGAAGAAGAAGUGGAUGACUUCCUUGCAGGAUGUUUGUGUCAGCUCUGAUGCCUUCUUCCCCUUCAGAGACAACAUCGAUAGAACCAAGCAGAGUGGUGUGCGUUACAUCGCAGCUCCGUCAGGUUCUGCUGCAGACCAGCUGGUGAUCAACGCCUGCAAUGAGCAAGGCAUCACUCUGGUGCACACCAACAUGCGACUCUUCCAUCACUAAGCACUUGAGCAGAGAAGUCAACAUUUGUCUCCGAUCACCAAGUCAACCUUUGUCUCUGAUCACCAAGUCAACAUUUAGUCAACAUUUGUCUCUGAUCACCAAGUCAACAUUUGUCUCUGAUCACCAAGUCAACAUUUAGUCAACGUUUGUCUCUGAUCACCAAGUCAACAUUUAGUCAACAUUUGUCUCUGAUCACCAAGUCAACAUUUUUCUCUGAUCACCAAGUCAACAUUUAGUCAACAUUUGUCUCUGAUCACCAAGUCAACAUUUAGUCAACAUUUGUCUCUGAUCACCAAGUCAACGUUUGUCUCUGAUCACCAAGUCAACAUUAAGUCAACAUUUGUCUCUGAUCACCAAGUCAACAUUAAGUCAACAUUUGUCUCUGAUCCCCAAGUCAACAUUUAGUCAACAUUUGUCUCUGAUCACCAAGUCAACAUUUGUCUCUGAUCCCCAAGUCAACAUUUAGUCAACAUUUGUCUCUGAUCACCAAGUCAACAUUUGUCUCUGAUCCCCAAGUCAACAUUUGUCUCUGAUCACCAAGUCAACAUUUGUCUCUGAUCCCCAAGUCAACAUUUAGUCAACAUUUGUCUCUGAUCACCAAGUCAACAUUUGUCUCUGAUCCCCAAGUCAACAUUUGUCUCUGAUCCCCAAGUCAACAUUUGUCUCUGAUCCCCAAGUCAACAUUUAGUCAACAUUUGUCUCUGAUCACCAAGUCAACAUUUGUCUCUGAUCCCCAAGUCAACAUUUGUCUCUGAUCACCAAGUCAACAUUUAGUCAACAUUUGUCUCUGAUCACCAAGUCAACAUUUGUCUCUGAUCACCAAGUCAACAUUAAGUCAACAUUUGUCUCUGAUCACCAAGUCAACAUUAAGUCAACAUUUGUCUCUGAUCCCCAAGUCAACAUUUAGUCAACAUUUGUCUCUGAUCACCAAGUCAACAUUUGUCUCUGAUCCCCAAGUCAACAUUUAGUCAACAUUUGUCUCUGAUCACCAAGUCAACAUUUGUCUCUGAUCCCCAAGUCAACAUUUGUCUCUGAUCCCCAAGUCAACAUUUGUCUCUGAUCCCCAAGUCAACAUUUAGUCAACAUUUGUCUCUGAUCACCAAGUCAACAUUUGUCUCUGAUCCCCAAGUCAACAUUUGUCUCUGAUCACCAAGUCAACAUUUGUCUCUGAUCCCCAAGUCAACAUUUAGUCAACAUUUGUCUCUGAUCACCAAGUCAACAUUUGUCUCUGAUCACCAAGUCAACAUUUGUCUCUGAUCACCAAGUCAACAUUUGUCUCUGAUCACCAAGUCAACGUUCCAACCGUCACUUCUGUAACUGAACGUUGACCACAAGUGACUAAUCUUCUAUUGAGUGAAAUAAACUACUGACGUCAUUCAAUGUUUCUUACCAAAUAUUUCAUCAUCACUAAUCACAUGUUUCAUCAUUCCUUCAUAUUGAUACCAAGUAGUGGGUACUGGUAUCAGACCAAUAUUAACAUGUAGAUGGAUAUUUGUGUGACAGAAUCUUGCUUUUCCCAUCGGUUUCCUCCCAAUGUAAGCAACUUCUAGUCACUGCACACACACACACACACACACACACUAUCUCUAGUCACUGCACACACACGCACACACUAUCUCUAGUCACUGCACACACACACACACACUAUCUCUAGUCACUGCACACACACACACACACUAUCUCUAGUCACUGCACACACACACACACACUAUCUCUAGUCACUGCACACACACACUAUCUCUAGUCACUGCACACACACACACACACUAUCUCUAGUCACUGCACACACACACUAUCUCUAGUCACUGCACACACACACACACACUAUCUCUAGUCACUGCACACACACACACACUAUCUCUAUUAUCUCUCUCUCUCUUUGCUGCCCCGCCCCCCUCUGUUCUGAUUACUUGCAGUAUUACAGUUUAAUAACACUUUUAUUUUAAUCACUUUCAUAAGGAAAUUAUGAUCAACUUUCUAGAAGCAAAUUCACAAUCAAACUAUUAUGACAUUUCAAGUUUAAAGUAUCAAUAUCGGCAAUUCUCUACCUGUUUUGAU